AUGCGGUUGCUCUAUGAGCCUCUCUGCUUGCUCCACACUUUAAGCGAAGUCCGAGGGGAUCGAAUCAAGCCCGGUGAUAUAUCCCCCGAAGGCCCGGGGCUGACUGCCCCCAGAUGCUAUCGAUCCUUUGUGGAUGCCAUCGCCUAUAUAUGUGCGUACCGGAAGAAGCCUGGCUAUGUCACCGCGGCGGCCCUAGAAGAGGCCCCCGAUGCGAUAGUGGUUCUGCUGGCUGCCAACAAUGGCAUUGAUACGGCGGUGGUUACUCUUCUGGAGAAAGUUUGCAUGAUUCUUUCAUGGAUCAUCGAUAAUCCUACGGUUCGACUGGACACGAAUGAGGGCCGAGAGGUGAUGAAAAUUUUGACUGCCUACGUGCUGGACCUCAACGCUCCCAAAAUAUUCGAGUACUAUCAGCAGGUGAACAAAUUGGUCUCGUCGGUGAUGGAACGGUUGAAUGCCGAGUCUGAGUUGAAAGAUCAUGACAGCAUCAUCAACCUCCGCAACUGGAUUGCAACGCACCUUUCAAAGAGCAGUAUGCAGCUUCAGGAAAGCGACAUGCCAAGUCUGGCCCUCUCCAGCUACAGGGACCGGGAGGUGUUCAGGGCCUUGCAUCACACCACCGGGAGCCUUCAGCUAUCCCGCAACUUCGAGCGGCUCCAUAAGCUGCUCUACAAACUGGGGAAACACGUGGCUCAGUGUAAGCGACUAAUUGAGGCCACUAUCAGGCUUCGCUUAGAGUUAUCGCGAGGCUUGCGCAUCGAGACGAUAGGGGGGUCACGGGAUAACCUAAUCCCUCUUUUGGCCCGAACCUGCAAUAUUCAGAACAUUAGUCAUCGUAUUUUCUCUGAUCCGGCGAAGCAAGAUAUAUUCCUACGGCAGUUGCAAAAAAUAUACUCGGAGAAGGAACUGGACCGGGUGCUGUCCAAGGAUCUCUGUAAAGGCAAAACGCGCGUGCAUGCGGAACUUUUAAUUCUCGAUCACUUUGAGCAGACGGGCGGCAGAUUCCUCGACGAGAGGGACAGGUACAUUGGAUGCAGCAAGCCAGCCUGCUAUCUCUGCCACCUGUUCAUUUCUUGCCAUCCGAGAGGCUAUGCGAGCCCCCCUUCUCACCAAAAGCUCUACCUGAAUUGGCGGUUCCCUGAUGUCCGCACGGACGAACAGAAUGCCGCGACGCGCUUUCAGCAUCAACAGGGUGUUCUGUUUCGCAUGAUCGACACCGUCAGGAGGGAUUUAAGAAACGAUAUCGCUACCAGUGUCGGUAAGCGGAUGGGCUUCGCGGACUCGACAGCGGGAGGCACCUCAACUAUUAUUGACAUCGAAACCGACCUCAGUCCAUCCAUGGCUUGUCUCUCCCUUGACGAACUACGAAAGACGCUUGAUCGUCAAGAUGGGGCCGGCCGUGGUCCUCAAAAACCUCACAUCGACCCGAAAUUCAACCCUUAUGACGUUCCCUAUUUUCCCAGUGGGACCAGCGUAGAGUCUGAGAUUGAUGAUUCCGCCACUGGUGGAGUGAGGAUUUAA